AUGUUUUCCAGGAGCCUGCGCGUGUGCGUGACCCUGUGUUUGUGGAUUACGACGUUAAUGAGCACGGGAAGUGUGUCCGCGAGGAAGCAGGACGACUGUUUCUUCACUGCCAGCAUUUACCGAGCGAGAUGCGCCUCGAGAUGCCUCAGUCUGCACAUCACUCGCAUCUCCGCUUUUUUCAAGCACUCUCAGAAUAAUGGAUCCUUGGUUUGGUGCCAGAAUCACAAGCAGUGCUCCAAGUGCCUGGAGCCCUGCAAGGAAACCUGGGACCUGAAGGAAAACCAGUGCCAGGAUUUAUGCGAGCCGCUCUUUCCCAAGAAACACUACGAGUGUCUUACGAGCUGCGAGUUCCUGAAGUCAGUGGAGGGGGUGAAGCAAGGCGACUGUCCUGCCCCAGAGAAGGCCAGCGGCUUUGCAGCAGCCUGCGUGGAGAGCUGUGAGGAGGAUGGAGAGUGUUCAGCCGUGAAGAAGUGCUGCUCCAACGGCUGUGGACACACCUGCCAGCUGCCAAAGAACCUCUACAAAGGAGUCCCUCUGAAGCCCAGGAAGGAGCUGGGGUUUUUGGAGCAGCCGUCGGGUCAGCUGGACAUCCGUUGGUCCUCCAAGUUCAACAUUUCCGUGGAGCCCGUCCUCUAUGUGGUGCAGCGCCGCUGGAAUUAUGGCAUCCACCCCAGCGAGGACGAUGCCACCGAGUGGCAGACUGUGGCACAGACUGCAGAGGAGCGCGUCCAACUGGCCGACAUCAGAGCCAGCAGAUGGUACCAGUUCAGAGUCGCUGCAGUCAAUGUCCACGGGACCCGCGGCUUCACUGCGCCCAGCAAACACUUCCGCUCGUCCAGAGAUCCAUCCGCCCCUCCCAGACCGACCAGUCUGCGUGUCAGCAACGUGACGCUGGGUGACGACGGCCUGGUGACAGCCCGUCUCAACUGGACCCUGCCAGAGGAGCCCGAUAUCCCCGUACAUCACUACAAAGUGUUCUGGAGCUGGACUGUGCACACCAAGUCGCUGGUGCCAUCCAAGAAGAAAAGGAGAAAGACCACCAACGGGGCUCAGAGCUGGGUGGAGCUGGAGGGACUGCAACAAAACAGCAGUUUCACUGUGGAGUUGCAGGCCGUCACAUACUGGGGACAGGUGCGUCUGAAGAGCUCCAAGGCGUCUCUCCACUUCAGCACCAGCAAGAAUAAUGAGUCAGUAAAAUCAGUGCUCAAGUCAAAGAAGGAGGAGAUAUCCCCUCUUGGUUCGACCUUGGCCAAACGCCCCUCUGGCCCUCUAGAGGUAGGCACACCCUUCUACCAGGAUGGCCAGCUGCAGGUCCGUGUCUACUGGAAGAACCGGGGAGACCCCACCGUGAGUCGCUACCAUGUCCAGUGGAUGCCGGAGUACUGCAGCCACAACGAGACCCGAGGACCGGAGAAAUCUGUCACGCAGGAGAACUACAUCAACCUCCCAGGCCUGCUGUUCUCCUGCAAGUACAAAGUCACCGUUCACAUGCUGAAGUCUAAGAGACGCUCCAAGGACGAGAGCACCACCUUCCUCACGCCAUCCUGUGCCACCAUCCGUAGCAAGACUCUCAAACACAUCCCCUGCCCGGGGGAGGGAGCUCCAGGGGUUCCAAAGGUUUUGGCUAAGCCAGAGAACCUGACGGCCUCUUUCUCCAUUAUUGAGGGAAACAUCACCGGCAACUUCCUGUGGCGCGUGUCAAGGGUGGCUCUCCACCAGCGAAUCACAGGCUUCCAAGUCACCUGGGCCGAGAUCACCACAGAAAGCCGGCAAAACAGCCUUCCCAACAGCAUCAUCUCCCAGUCCCAGAUCUUGCCUCCAGAUCACAACUUGCUCGUUGUGUCCAACCUGCGGCAAUCCACCUACUACAGACUGGAGGUGCAGGUCAUAACAACCGGAGGGGAGGGUCCUGCCACUGUCAAGACCUUUCAGACCCCGAACAUAUUACCAGUCAUUCAACACCGACCCAGGCUCCGGCAGCACCACUCCCACCACCAGAAGCCAUCAGUAGAGAGGCACUGAGAUGCAAGUUGAGGCAAACCCAAUAGGGAGAAGCAUCAGUGGGUCUCUGCUCCUGUCUGUCAGGGAAGGAAUG